GCUCGUGAGAGUGAUUGUGGUCAUGGCAGGGAUGAUCUGCUAUGCUGCCUCCCUGGUGGUAGUCCUGUGGAACAUUGACAGGCUGGAUGCUGUACUGCAGGUGAGUGAAGAGCUGCAUGAGCUCAGUGACUUUAAGCACCAGAUCGACACUUUGAACGCGAAUGACCUGGCCGAUGAAGACUCGGACAUCUCAAUGCUUCAGGUCGUGGAGCGAAGCCUCGCAAGUCAGAAGCGCAUCGUCGCGGAGUUCUUCAACAACGCUUGGGGUGAUAAUCUUGACGACAUCAACAUCUUCAAGCACUUGAUUGUGGAGCUGCAGGAUGCACUGGACAACGAGCCGCCCCGCCCU